CAAUUUCAGCUCUUACCCUUUUAAUUGCCAGCCUCUGUGGUGUGGAGGAGCCGUCCGUACAUCAUGAGCAGCAUGUUUCAGGAGAUUUUGGCCUUUGUUUUAACUACCUCGGGGUGGGUGUUGGUGUCUUCUACGUUGCCAACGGACUACUGGAAGGUGUCGUCCAUUGAUGGAACAGUCAUUACCACAGCUACCUAUUGGUCCAAUUUGUGGAAAACCUGUGUCACUGAUUCAACGGGAGUCUCCAACUGCAAAGACUUUCCCUCAAUGCUGGCCCUCGAUGGUUACAUUCAAGCUUGCAGAGGACUAAUGAUUGCAGCAGUCUGUCUGGGUUUUUUCGGUUCUGUGUUUGCCCUUGUGGGAAUGAAAUGCACCAAAAUUGGAGGAAGUGACAAAAACAAAGCAAAGAUCGCUUGCUUCGCUGGUGUAGUCUUCAUUCUUAGUGGUCUUUGCUCACUUUCUUCAUGCUCCCUCUAUGCACAUCGGAUAACAUCAGAGUUUUUUGAUCCAAUGUUUGUAGCACAAAAGUAUGAGCUUGGAGCUGCUCUCUUUAUUGGCUGGGCAGGUUCUAUCCUCUGUAUUCUAGGAGGCUGCAUGCUCUGCUUCUCAAUAGCCGAUUCUUUUUCCAAAAGCCACAGUCAAAGAAACUAUAUCUACAAAGGUGCUGCCUUACAUUCUCAUAUCUCCUCCUACACCAGAGGGCAGGCCAGGACCGUAAACCAGAGGCCACCUGCAGACUGUAGCAACUCCUCCAGGACCCAGAACUUUGAUAAGAAUGCAUAUGUGUGAGGGGUGUGAAUACAAAUCAGUUUAAGCCACUGGAGGGUCUUAAAAGUUCGUCCAUAUUCUAAAAAGAUACUGCAUAAUUGUAGGUCUCUGUUAAACAACUGCAGGAUUUACGGCACUGAUUCUCAGCUUACCAUGAAUUAGGUUUAAAACAUGUUUCAUACAGAGGAAUGAAUUUCAAGCAGUUUACAGUCUGAACCUCUGAGAUUUAUUUUCUCUUAUUGAUUAUAUAUUCAGACAAAUAAACAACUAA